UUAUAAUCGUAUGCAGUAUUACUAAGCGUGCAAUGACGUGAAUCGUGCUUCUUUUACUUUCUUUUAAAUUGGGAAAUUUCACAGAGACUGCGGACUAAACUUAGCAAACACACAUUGCUUAAUAGACUAAGUGUACCUUGAUGUUAAAUAACUCUAGACGAUAGAGUUCGUUUCAUCUUCCGUGAUCACUGCAACGGAUUUGAUUUGAGCGGAUUUAUUUGUUGCACGGAAAAUCCUUUGCAACCUACUCCUGCAUGGUUUUUGUUCUUUUUUCUUUUUUUCUUUGCACUUUAACUACAUCUAUAUCGUCAUUCUUCGUUUUUUUUUUUUUUCUUUUUGUACAUCAUUUGGGCGCUUAAUAAAUACUGUUUUUUAAUCAAUGCAAAAGCGCAAAUCUUCUUUACCUAUCAUCUCUACCGCAGCGUCUUUUAAAGCACCUGACAGCCCGUUUCUAAAAAAAGUUUGUACAGAUACCCAGAAAAGAUAUUAUGCAGGAACAGCUACACCAUUUAAAAAUGACGAAGAUCUGCUGGCCGAUCUAGAAAUAGGACAGUUCGAUUCUAUGGCUGGCAACGAAUCGCCAGUUAUGGAAGAGAGACAAUUUUCAUCUCUGUUUGAAGCAGGAAGUGGUUAUGAUCAAUCACCUUCGAGAACAAAUAGUCAUAAUCAAAAUGGAUUAAUGGACAUGAUGCAAAAGUUUAUUGAUGACCAUCAAGAUCAGCCAGAUCUGUUUCGUUGUGGCAACUUGAACGAAGAAGAUAACGAGGAGGAGGAGGAGGAGGAGGAGGAAGAAGAGGAAGAGGAAGAAGUAGUAGAAGAGGAAGAUACCUCUAUAAGCACUGGCCGUUGUACAGCAAAUCAUUCUAGACAGCCUGUUCGACGAUCCCUUAUGAGGGAAUUAUUACUAUCCAGUAAUCUUUAUAGGCAACCAGAAGAACCUGAACCAAAACGACGAAAAAGUUCGUCCUUUGUUGAUGUCUUCGUACUCGAUACGGACGAUGAAGAAGACGAAGCAGCCGCAAUUGAAGAAGAGGGGAGUCAGAACGAGAAUAUAGAGGACGAUGAAGUGACUACUAUGGAAGAUAAAACGACUUUACCAUUGAGUCAAUCGUACGUACGACCAGCAGCAGGCAAAUUUGACGAAGAAGCAGCCAACUUCUUUUCCGGCCUCAAUGACGAUUUGGAUGAAGCAAAAAUACCAGAAUUUGAAGUAGCGCCUGCUGCCAAAGUCAGUCAGCUACAGGAACAGAUUAGAAAGCCAAGACCAUGGAUAACCGAAUGGCCACAUUUCUUUACAGAGGACUAUUUUGAGAAAUAUACGUGCGAAAGUAGGAUUGUUCUCACAGACGAAGAUAAGCAGCAGCAACCCUAUAGUAAUAGGAGCAACAUUUACCCUUUUUUCGAAACGGAAUAUUGUAAUCUGGGUUUAUUAGAUGUUGGUGAAUAUGCACAAGUGUAUAAAGUGAGCCUUUCUAAUAACUCUAUCAUAUCAACAACUGCUUCAGAACAGGAAGAAAAAGUAGAAGAGUUUGAAGAAGAAGCUGAAGCAGAUGAAACUGAGGGCAAAGAGAGUAUUACACAGGAAACUGAAGAGAUAACAACGCGUCGUGCUACAGCAAUAAAGAGAUCGAAAACAGUCUUUGCAGGUUGGGAUGAUCGAUGGCGACAAAUAAUGGAAGUAAACUAUUUGCAACAGUUAAAACACAGCGAUCAUUGUAUUCAUAUGCAUAAAGCUUGGGAAGAAAGAGGUUAUCUGUAUAUAGAAUUUGAAUUCUGCUCAGGAGGAAGUCUUGAUAAAUUUAUGGAACAUUACAACCGCAAGAUUGACGAAGCCACAGUGUGGCAAAUCCUACAUGAACUUGUGCAUGGCAUACAUGAUAUACAUGAAGCUAGUAUAGCCCAUCUGGACCUCAAACCAGCAAAUAUACUUGUCAAUGACGAAGGCUGCAUCAAAAUAAGCGAUUUCGGCACGAUACUCGGUGGGUAAAAGGUGAAGGUGAUCGACAGUAUAUGGCACCAGAGCUAUUAAGAGAGAGCUAUGUUCCAUCGGCUGACAUAUUCAGUUUGGGACUCAUUUUGCUCGAAUUGGCGUCAGGCCUUCCAUUACCCGAUACCGGUGAAGCUUGGGAAAUGCUUCGAGAAGGCGAUAUCUCAAGGCAAAAAAGCGCACUGAUGAGCGUGUCACCAGAUUUAAUAG